AUGGGCAAUAAGAACUCAGCAACUUCUAAGGCACUUAGUGGCCAGAGAGCACUGGUUGGUUCAAUCGAAGAACCACAGCCACAGUAUGUUGUUUCAAUGCAGAGGAAACACUCGACAAAGCCAGAGGUGGUGAGUGUUUGGGCGUACCCAACAGAACAACAAGGUGAGAAUGAGAAACCACUAUGUGAUGAUCACACUUUCUCCGAUUACAUUCAACGUACUAAGUAUAAAAUCAGGAGCAACUCAAACAUUGCUUGGCAUGAGGAUCAGAGGGACCCUGCACAUGCAGAUCAUGUGGCUCAUGGUACCAACAUCAAGGAAAACGAAAGAGACCCUUUUGCAGAUUAUAUUCAGAAUGCUAGGAAGAAGCUGAGACUGAGAACUUUAUCUAGAAAUAUUGGUUCCUUCAAAAGAGGGCCAGGUCAUACACACUGA